CCCCGCACCCGCCGCCCCGGCCCGGCUCGGCCCGGCCCGGCCCGGCUGGGCGCUGUCCACCUGAGGGAGCCCGCGCCCCGUGCCCGCCCCGUCCUCUGCCCGCCCCGCGAGUCGGGCACCUGUGCCAGGAGCCCUGUUGAAUCAACUGAGAAGGGAUCUGCAGAGCAAACACCAUGAGUAUCUCAGCUCUUGGAAGCAGCACUAAAGGGAAGCCCCUACCACCAGGUGAAGAAGAACGCAAUAAUGUCCUCAAACAGAUGAAGGUUCGAACCACACUGAAGGGGGACAAGAGCUGGAUCACCAAGCAGGAUGAAUCGGAGGGCCACACUCUAGAGCUGCCCUCUGGUCGGAGUCGUGCCACAUCCUUCUCAUCAGCUGGGGAAGUCACGAAGGCCAGGCCUCCAAGCGUGAGGGCUCCCACGGGCUAUAUCAUCCGGGGAGUGUUCACCAAGCCCAUAGACAGCUCGUGUCAGCCCCAGCAGCACUUCCCCAAGGCCAACGGAGCUCCAAAAAGUGCUACCGGUCUACUGAGAGCAGCUCCUACUGGGCCUCCCCGCCCCUCCUCCUCUGGCUAUAAGAUGACCACUGAGGAUUACAAGAAGCUGGCACCCUACAAUGUCAGGCGCAGCUCAGCAUCAGGGGCUGCUGAAGAGGAAGAGGUGCCCUUCUCGUCUGACGAGCAGAAACGGAGGUCAGAGGCUGCAAGCAGUGUGGUGAGGAAGACAGCUCCCCGGGAGCACUCCUAUGUUCUGUCAGCAGCCAAGAAGAGCACCAGCAGCCCUACCCAGGAAAUGCAGGCCCCAUUCAUUGCGAAGAGGGUUGAGGUGGUGAAUGAGGACAGGCCUUCUGAGAAGAGCCAAGACCCACCUGCUCUAGCAAGAUCCCCUCCUGGCUCAAACAGUACAAGAGGUGAGGAGAUUGUCCGCCUGCAGAUCAUGACACCUGGGGCAGGACUUCACCUGAUGUCCCCAGACCUGGAAGGAAUGAGUUCUUCCCCAGGCUCCAAAGACAAAGAGGCCUCCAGCCGUAGAGAGGCCAAGAGAGACUUGUUUGGUGAGGAAGCCUGCAAGAGCCCCAGUCCAGACCCUGAAAGGUCAAGCACACAGUCAAGUGAUGGCAAUGUGGGAUCCAGAGCCAUGAGCUUCCUACCUGAAGGCUUGACUGGAGCAGACAUUGGCUCUGGGAGAGGAGGCUCUAGUGCCACUCUGGCCUCUGCUGGACCAGCUGACUGGAAGAGUGACAGUCCAGUAGACCUGGAGGACAAGGAGGCACACCUGAAGGGCACUUUGGCUGGUUCUGAAGAGAAGAAUGUGGCUUCCAAGGUGGGAGAGACCUGGCAGGAGAAGCCCACAGCCCUGAGAGGUGGCCAGGGAGACCCAGCUGUACCCUCCCAGCAGCCUGCAGCCCCCAGGACCCCAGAGCCACAGAGCAGCCCCAGAAGACCUGAGCAGCUUGUAGAACUGGACAGCCAGGCCAGCAGCACCUUGGCUGGUUCUGAAGAGAAGAAUGUGACUUCCAAGGUGGGAGAGACCUGGCAGGAGAAGCCCACAGCCCUGAGAGGUGGCCAGGGAGACCCAGCUGCACCCUCCCAGCAGCCUGCAGCCCCCAGGACCCCAGAGCCACAGAGCAGCCCCAGAAGACCUGAGCAGCUUGUAGAACUGGACAGCCAGGCCAGCAGAGUGAGAAACCCCUCGAGUUGUAUGGUCACUGUUACCGUCGCUGCCUCUACUGAGCAGCCUCAUGUUUACAUCCCAGCCUCCCCAAGUGAAUUGGACUCCAGUUCAACCAGCAAAGGGAUUCUCUUUGUGAAGGAAUACAUGAAUGCUAGUGAGGUAUCCUCCGGGAAGCCAGUGUCUUCAUGCUACAGCAGUAUUAGAAGCACUGAGGACUCAUGUGACAUGGAGAAGAAACCUGCAUGUGACAGCUCUCUGUACUCUAAGAGAACAAGUGGAAGGAUCUGUACUUACUGCAACCAGGAGAUCAGAGACUGUCCAAAGAUUACCCUAGAGCAUCUUGGCAUCUGCUGCCAUGACUAUUGCUUUAAGUGUGGGAUUUGCAGUAAACCAAUGGGUGAGCUCCUGGAUCAGAUCUUCAUUCACCGUGACACCAUCCAUUGUGGGAAAUGCUAUGAGAAGCUCUUCUAGUUCUUCCAGGCUGAGAAGAAGCUGAUGACUCCUGGACAAGUUUGGCUGUCCCCAGUUGCCCCAAGUUGCUGGCUUCUCUUCCCUUACUUUAUCCCUCCCCAUUUGACUUCGUCAUGCUUUUGCCCCUCUCAAGUUGAACUGCUUACAUCCAGUAGAGUAUCUUAAUGAUGCUCUGAUAAUUACUUGUGUUUGUAGCUUUUUAUAACUUAAGAAAGCACUUUAUGUCCAUGAUCUUAUUUCAGGCUCAAGAAAAAAGUAUUGAACAAGAAUUUAAUCUUAGCUUUCCUAAGACAGGUUGGCCUCCUGAUGAGUUUAGGUGGUCUGGUACAAUAGGCAGGAGCAUGGGUUUCAGUGUGUCUUGACUUUUGGGACAGAGAGCAAACCCACAUUCUAGGUCACAGCUCUAAGUGUAGCUUUGGGACUUGAAAGCAGGAGAUCCCCUAAAGCUUCUGAGUGGCCAGGUUGAAGACUUGAUGAUGUCUGGUGGGUAAAUUGCAGACAUUGAAUGCUAGGGAUUGGUAUAGGCUAAUAUUUGGCUUGUCUAUAUAUAUAUUUAACUUUCCAUACACGUUUCAAAGUAGUUAGUUGCUUUUGAUUGAAUUAUAUAGCAGAUUUUAAUUAUCUUCUUCCCACUUUUCACUAUAUUUGAGGUUGUUGUUUUUUUUCUUUCCUGCAGGCAUGUGGGCAUGUAUUAGAGAGUCACACAGUUAAGUUUAAAUUCUAUAGGAUGUGAUUCUUAGGAGGCCACCGACCAAAGAAACAUCUGUGUCUGAAUUUUGAUAGUUGAUUAAUACCUUUGCCCUCAAUUCCCAAUAGUUACAGGAAAAUCUUCUAAAGUAGGUUUUAGGGUUGUAUAGACUCCAGCAGGAUUAAAAGGGGAGAAAAGCAGUUAACAUUUCUCAAGGCCUUACUACAUAUCAGGCAUUAUCACAAAGUGAUGGCAUUAAUUCCUGUACUAAUCCUAUGCAGAGGGUAUUCUUGUCCCCAGUUUACAGAUGAAGAUCUGGAGGCUCAGAAGGUGGUCAUUGCAUUAUGUGGAAUCAUUGCUGCUUCUCUCCAGAACCCAUGUUCUCUUCAGUAACAGUAACAGUAACAGUAACAGUAACCACAAUACCAAGCAUUGAUUUAGUGGUGACUGUACUGUAUCAAGCACUGUGCAGAGGUUACCUCAUUUUACCAGGUGACACUGCCCUCCUCAGGCCUCCCCUGAGGCGUACUCUUCUUACAAAGAGAUGAAGGUAUUAAAUCAUGCUUCUCCUCUGAGCAUCCUAGGUCUCUCCCUAUAAAGUACCACAAAUGCCAACUGACCGCCUUCCCUCUCCUCCCCUUUCCAUGAAAAAAAUUCUGAACUAAGAUGCUCUUCUGAACUCGGAUUUCUCUGCUGGGUAGAGAUCUGACUCACAGACCUUCCCAAAGAAGAGCUUGUCAACCCAGGGAAACCCCAGUAAGCUAGCUGAUCUGAGUCCAGGGCCUUCAGUAACUUAUUUUUCGCUACAGACUGUUCCAAGAUAGCAGCAACUACUGGGGUCCCAAGUACCUGGAACACAGAAACCUGUUGGCUGUCUAAACAGAUUGCAGGCCCAUCCAUGCAGUCAGCUGAUACUCUGCUCAGGUUCGACUAACCUCCUCUGCCUUUGGGACCAGCAUCACUGUGUUAAGGUCCUUGAGAGAAAGAACAACCUGAGAGUUUUUCUGAAGAAAGAUGAGGGUCUCUUCUCUUGAUUUAGUUAGAAAAUGUAUCCAUCUCUCUCCAGUUUGUGAGUCCUAUGCACAUUGGGUGGUGGAUUUGUCUUCCCACCAAAUGAUCAGAGAGGAACACUCCAUUUAUUUGCAUAGAUGUGCAUUAGAUUUGCUCUGGAGGGGAAAAGUGGUAAAAUAUGUCAUGCACCCAUACUAAAUGUGAGCUGGUAUUCCUCAAGUAUAGCCCACAGCAUGGAACUCAGCACAUGGGAGACACUGAUAUGUAGGUAUCAGUAUCUGCUGAAUGAAUGAGUAAAAGGGAAAAAAAGGCUGCUCCUUAGUGUGGGAGGUACCAACCCUGAAUCAGUAUAGGCCUAGUUGAUGGCGUACAGGAUAAAAAGGUCCAAGAUAGGCUGACUUCUCCACCUUUGAGAUACACUCUGCCUUUAAAGGGGUUUUAGAAUCAAUAUGCAAGAAAUUGAUAGAAAGCUUGUAAGAUCAAUAUUGAUUUCUAUUCAGAACAGCCUCUUUCAUGUCUAAAAAGGCACAGAAUUCUGCAGACUUAAGAGAGGUGGUUGCAUUAUACUUUUGCUUCUUUUUAAUUGUCUAGUUUUUUAAUCACAUUUGCUUAACCCAGAUUAAUGUACACAAUUAUAAUAAAUGUUGAAGUAUUAGAUG